UAUUAAUUUAAUAUUAUAUAAUUGAUUAUUAUAUGUUUUAUAUAUUAUAUUAUAUAAUUAUUAUUUAUAUUUUUAUAACUAUGCUUGUUUAAAUGAAAGCAUCUGCCAAAUAGAGUAAAUAUGUAAAUAUUAUCAUAACAUAAUAGUUUUAUCCUGUGGUAUAUUAGUGAAUUUUAGUGAACAAAUUUGAGGUGAAUUUUAGUUCACUUGCUGUAGUACAUUGAAAUGAUCAGUGAAUUUUGUUAUUUCUUUAAUUUACUGGCACUUGAUAACCUAAACGUUAAUCGUUUAAGGUUUAAAUUGUUUAAAGUUUAUUCAUAUGUUAAAAAUGUAAUUAAACUUUGAUUGACGUAUUUAGAUGAAAGUAAUUGAUUUAUUAAUAAUGUUCUGUAAAGUCCUGUAUAAGUAUUGGUGCGUCUGCAAUUUUCAAUCAAGAUGACGUCACUUGUAAAGAGGAAUUUCCCUGGAGGAUGUAUAAAUUCUCAACAUGAUGGGGCUUCGUUACUGCUGUAGUUUGUUGAAUUUGUGCAUUUAGAUUUUUUGGUUGCUGUUGUUAGUAUGAAGUUCUACCUGGUUGCUCUAUUGGCCAUAUUACUGGGAACAGUGGGAUCAGCUCCUCUCCCUGACACGCAGAAUAUCAUGGACAAGGAAACUCUUGAACAAGCUCACAGUGUGAUCAGCAAAAUUCUAGAAGACAUUCCUAAAGCUCAUGCAUCCUGGAUAAACAAUUCAAAUCUAAAUCUGGGCAGUUCGGAUAAGGAGCUCCAGCACCUGAAGGAAGAGUUUGUUCCUCCUGCCCCAGUUCUUGAGAGCAUCUCUGAAAGCUUCACCCUGGAAACUUGUCUUGAUCACAUAUUCGAAGGACUGAAGCUACAUCUGAAUCUCCUGACAGAGAUCCUUAAAGCCAACAAACUUAAAAAAAUACAGCAGGUUGCCGAACUUCAAGCUGGAAUUGAAGACCUUCUGAUCGUAAUUAACAAGUUGCAGAACGAAGCUGGAUUUGAGCGCUCAUUGAAUUUACUAAAUGAUCAGAUACAGACGUCCGUCCAGGACCUGGCAAAAAAACUGACAUCUGAAUUCAAGGCCGAGGUAGCUGCACACCUGACCCUGCAGCAGCUGCAGAAGUUCAGCGGCGAUGUCCUGCAAAGCAUCCUGGCUUUAUUCUGAGACAAUCUCCACCUCGGAGAACUCAAACACCAUACAGUCGUGUGUAAAUGCAGAGGCUAAAUUAUGUACCCAGUGAUAGGUUUACUGCUGGCAGUAUUUAUUUUAUAUAUUUAUUUAAGUAAUGUAUUUAUUUACAUAAGACAGAUAUUUUUGCUACUUUUGAAAGGAAACCAUACUGGAUACAGUAUGUGAAAGUGUCAUGUUUUUUACUUGAGCAUAUGACCAUGUUUCAUAAGUUAAACAUUAGAUCAUCUGAUCUCUGUGAGAACUACCUAAUGUUUAUGUAUCUCAUGAUAAUGUUUUUCUUACACAUGAACAAAAUUUUAGAUGGUCUGUUUUAUCUGGAAGUUAUUUAUCUAGCUAUUUAUUUAUUUAUUUAUUUCAUUGACUGUGUAUUUAUUUAGUUACUGUUUAAAAAUCUGAAUGUUUUGAGAUGUGCAUCACAUUUUGUUGAUUAAAUAAAUAAAAAAUUUAAA